GUGUGGGCUGGGUCGGUGCGGGCUGCACUUGGCCCGCGGUUCUGCUCCGGGGCUUUUGUGUCCGCCUUUUGCUUUGCUUUCUGUGCGCGUUUUUGUUUUUGUUUUUGUCUUUUUUUUUUUUUCCUCCGCGCGCUGCUCCCCAGCGGAAGCCGGGAGGCUCGGAGGCAGCAGCCCUCACCCCGGGCGAGGAGCGAGCGCGCCGGCGGGAGCACCGGAGUGGCGGCUGCGGGGAGAGGGGUUCGCCGCGGAGAUGGCGGAGUUCCUGCAAGACCCCUGGGUCCUGACGACGGAGAAGCUGAAGAGGGAGCUGGUGGCCCACAAUGUGCCGCUGCCGGCGGGGCAGCCGCGCAAAGACGUGUACGUGCAGCUCUACCUGCAGCACCUCACGGCGCGCAACCGGCCGCCGCUCGCCGCCGGCGCCGACAGCCAAGCGCCCCCGGACUUGUCCGGCGACGAGGAGCGCAAGCCCAGCCCCGUCCUCACCGCCCCGGUCCUCGCCGCCCCCGUCCUCGCCGCCGCGGGCCGCAGCCGCAGGAAAGCCACAAAGAAAACUGAUAAACCCAGACUAGAAGAUAAAGAUGAUUUAGAUGUAACUGAACUCACUAAUGAAGCUCUUCUGAAUCAGCUUGUGAAAUAUGGGGUGAAUCCUGGCCCUAUUGUGGCUGUGGUUGAUGUGAAUACUGCCCCCUUGUGAUAGUAACAGCAAACCAUCCCAUGACAAUGGACCGUGUAGAGAAGAACGUUAAGAAAAGAAAAUAUAGUGAGGAUUUUUUACAGUAUGGUUUCACAUCAAUAAUUACAGAAGGAAUUGAGAAACCUCAAUGUGUUAUUUGUUGUGACG